CGGGGCCGGCCGGGCCCGAGCAGCGGGAGCAUGGCGCUGAAACGGAUCCAGAAGGAACUGACUGACUUACAGAGGGAUCCGCCUGCUCAGUGUUCUGCAGGACCUGUAGGUGAUGACUUGUUCCACUGGCAGGCGAGCAUCAUGGGCCCGAAUGACAGUCCUUACCAAGGAGGUGUUUUUUUCCUGACCAUCCACUUCCCUACAGAUUAUCCUUUCAAGCCCCCAAAGGUUGCUUUCACUACCAAAAUCUAUCACCCUAAUAUAAACAGCAGUGGCAGCAUCUGCCUGGACAUCCUGAGGUCACAGUGGUCCCCAGCAUUGACUGUGUCCAAAGUUCUCUUGUCCAUCUGUUCUCUUCUCUGCGACCCCAACCCUGAUGACCCACUGGUGCCAGAAAUAGCCCACACCUACAAGGCCGACAGAGAGAAAUACAACAGACUAGCAAGAGAGUGGACACAGAAAUAUGCUAUGUAAGUGCCUCGAAGAUUCCAUGGGAGACACUGUCCAAGAGAAGCUUGCCAGGCAGAGUGGCCUUCCUGUGAAGCUCUGAGCUAUUGGCUAAGGCACUCACAGAACAUCCGUUCACACGCGAGUUGGCCACUCGCUUCCUCUGGCUGCAGCAUGUUGGUGAUGCCACUUUCAGCCAUUGUGGCCUUGACAGUAUCACACCUUUGAUGCCAAAUCAGCAACCAUCCUUAUGAUCUACAGUCUUCCUGGUUACUGCCUGUCUCUGGGGAAUCAAGCCAUGCAUGCCUCCCCUACUUGUCCUCAAAUGGUGUCACCCAGUCUGUUCCCUAACCACAUGGCCUUUGCCUUUAGAACACAGUGCUAUCCUGAGGGCCCAGGGCAGAGUGGGCUUUCUUCACACUCUGUCUGCCACAGAACCAUGUCCUCAGGAGCUCCUGGGAACUGGAAGAGCAAUCCGUAAGAGUGCUUCCGCUGUCCUCCACCUCCGCCCUCUGUAGUGCUAUAUGCUGCAUUCCUCUCCUCACACCCACAGCAAGUGGGGAACAUCAGGAUGUAUAAAGCAUGUAACACCCCAGAAGGAGGAUGACGUCAGACAGAGAGGUGGGGUUAAGCUUUUGUAUGUGGUGAGGCUUUCCCCACUCUUCUCCCAUAAGAAUAAGACAUUCACAGACUGGAACACAUGGAAGGAGAGGAACUUCAAAUACAAAUAAAAAUGAAAUUCCUU